AUGAAGGUAGAAAAUCCUGCAAAGGACAGAAGCCUGAAACUCUAUCACGAUUCCACCACAAAGAUCCACAUCAAUCUCCUGGGCGCCCUUUUCUUUCUCAACGUGUCAUUCUUGAUCAGCAAGACUUUGGUUGACCAUCCGCCGUGGUGCAGCAUCCUGGCUGCCUUCCUCCACUACUCCUUGCUCUGCAGUUUGACCUGGAUGGCCAUCGAGGGCUUCCACCUCUACUUGCUGGUGAUCAGAGUCUACAACUCCUACAUCAGCCGUUACCUGCUGAAGCUGUGUGCUGUGGGGUGGGGGCUCCCUGGAGUCAUAGUCCUGGUCAGCUUCCUUAGCGUGAAGAAGGCUUAUUAUCAGCAUGAUAUCAACACUGGCUCUCAAUACAAUAAUUCUUCCAUAUGCUGGAUCACCUCCCCCACCUUGAGCCAUAUCACCCUUGCUUAUGUUGGUGGCACCGUGUUAUUCAACAUGGUUAUCUUGGUGUUGGUGGUGCAGAAGCUUAGACAGCUCAGAGCUCACCCCCUUCGUCGGCCUCAGGAACAUACCUGCAAAGAUGUGGGAACCGUUCUUGGAAUGACCUUCCUCCUGGGGACCACCUGGAUAUUGCUCUUCAUGUCCUUUGGGGUCUUCUUAGUUCCACAGAUCUUCCUCUUUACAAUCUUCAACAGCCUCCAAGG